UAGUUCUUCAUGCAAAAAAAAUAAUAUUUGAAUUGUAAUCGUCAGGGAUCAGAUGUGUUCCCUGAGCAAUGUGACGAGCUGUGCUACUGAGCUCUUCCUACCGGAGAGUAAAACGGUUAGAGAUGGGCGCAGCGAAAAGUUCGUGCCAGGGCUUCCUGCACUAUGCGUUUGACUACGAGACCCCAAAAACGCUGGUGGUCCCCAGCAUCGCUGCAGGGGUGGUGUUCAGAUUCACCCAGCUCCUGAUCCUGCUUUAUCUGGUUGGGUACGUGUGCAUCGUUCAGAAGGCCUACCAGGAUACGGACUCCGUGGUCAGCACCGUCACCACCAAAGUGAAAGGCUACGCCGUCAUCAAGGGGUCUGCCAACACCUCCAGUCCUCAGUUCAGGGAUGUAGCUGAUUAUGUCAUUCCCCCACAGGGUGAUAAGUCAUUCUUUGUGGUGACUAAUAUGAUCGUCACAACCAACCAAAAAGUGUCACACUGCCCUGAGAUUCCAAAGCCGUCCACCCUCUGUAAUCAGGACAGCCAAUGCACCACAGGACUGGAGGAUCUCCGAGGGAACGGUGUCCGGACAGGACGAUGUGUGAACUACUCGGACACCGUCCAGACCUGCCAGGUCUUGUCCUGGUGCCCUCUUGAGGAGGACACAGGACCAAAUAAGGAGGCCUUGAUAGACGCAGCGGAGAACUUCACGCUGCUGAUCAAGAACAGCGUGACCUACCCAAAGUUCAACUUUCACCGGAGGAACAUCAUGCCACACAUCAACUCAUCCUACCUGAAGACUUGUGUGUUCAACAGCAGCACGGAUCCCCACUGUCCCAUCUUCCGCCUCAAACAGAUCGUUUCAGACGCUGGGGAGGAAUUUCAAGUCAUGGCAGUGGAAGGGGGCGUGCUUGGCAUUCUGAUUGAUUGGACCUGUGACCUUGACUUGUGGGCCAGCCAGUGUCUUCCUAAAUACAGCUUCAGACGGUUGGAUGACAACAACAAGAGCCAUGUGCUAGCGCCAGGAUACAACUUCAGGUUUGCAAAAUACUACAAAAGCCCAGAAGGCACGGAGUCCAGGACCUUGAUCAAGGCCUACGGAAUCCGCUUUGAAGUCAUCGUUUUCGGAACAGCAGGUAAAUUCAGCAUGCUACCAACAUUAGUGAAUCUGGGAUCCACUCUGACCUUCCUGAGUUUGGUGCCGACGGUUUCUGACUGGUUUCUACUGACAUUCACGAAGAAAAGAGGUGUUUACAGCAAACAUAAAACCACACACCUGAGAGAUGAGGACGAGGAGGAUGAAGAUGAGAACAAACAAUCAAUGUCCAUGGGCACCAGCUAUGGAACUCAAUAGGAUUGACAGCAAAUGAGAAGCAUAUGCAAACUUUCGCCAUCCAAUAAUGCAUGAUUUAAUUGAAUAUGACUUUUGAUCAUCCUCUUCCAAUUAAACAUAUGGUAUCUGUAAUCUGUAAUUCUGCAAGAAAAACCAUAACGUAACUGUGUUACGUUAUCUAGGUUGUAACUUAACACACACGCAUACCGGUGUGUGUGUGUGUGUGUGUGUGUGUGUGUGUGUGUGUGUGUGUGUGUGUGUGUGUGUGUGUGUGUGUGU